AUGGGUGAAGCCACUGCCCUAGAAAGUGUUCUUGAGAAAAUUCGACAACGAAUGGAAAGUGAUGUGGUUGGCGCCCGUCUUCUCAAAGAACGUCCAAGGGUCAACAAUCAAACGGUGAAUCGUGAAUAUCUUGAAUCGUUACCGGAGAAUACUUUUGGAAAACGUUACGCCAAAUUUUUGGCUGGCCUAAAGACGUCGCCUGAUGCAAGACCUCCAGUGAAGUACGUGCAGGAUGAAAAGCAUCUCUAUGUUAUGCAACGUUACCGUGAAACACACGACUUUAAUCACGUUCUCCUGGAAAUGCCUACGCACAUGCUUGGAGAGGUCACCGUCAAAUACUUUGAAGGAAUUCAAUUUGGUUUGCCGAUGUGCGUUACUGCCGGUAUUUUUGGAGCAGCACGGCUGCGGACCAACGCUCGUUGUUGUGAUCAUGUUGUUGUUUGUUUGCUCAGAGCUCAUGAUGUGUCUCAUGUUGUCGUGGAUAUGCCUAUAUGA